AGCCUGACUCCGGCCGUCGCCGCUGCCUGGGGGAGGAGGGUCAUGAUCCGAAGGAACCAGAGCAGUUGAGGAAACUGUUUAUUGGUGGUCUGACCUUUGAAACUACAGAUGAUAGUUUGAGAGAACAUUUUGAGAAAUGGGGCACACUGACAGAUUGUGUGGUAAUGAGAAACCCCCAAACAAAACGUUCCAGGGGGUUUGGUUUUGUGACUUACUCUUGUGUUGAAGAGGUGGAUGCAGCAAUGUGUGCUCGACCACACAAGGUUGAUGGGCGUGUUGUGGAACCAAAGAGAGCUGUUUCUAGAGAGGAUUCGGUAAAGUCUGGUGCCCACCUAACAGGGAAGAAAAUGUUUGUUGGUGGUAUUAAAGAAGAUACAGAGGAAUAUAAUUUGAGAGACUACUUUGAAAAGUAUGGCAAGAUUGAAACCAUAGAAGUUAUGGAAGACAGGCAGAGUGGCAAAAAAAGAGGAUUUGCUUUUGUAACUUUUGAUGAUCAUGAUACAGUUGAUAAAAUUAUUGUUCAGAAAUACCACACUAUUAAUGGGCAUAGUUGUGAAGUGAAAAAAGCCCUUUCUAAACAAGAGAUGCAGUCUGCUGCUGGAUCACCAAGAGGCCGUGGAGGUGGAUCUGGCAACUUCAUGGGUCGUGGAGGAAACUUUGGAGGUGGUGGAGGUAAUUUUGGCCGUGGCGGAAACUUUGGUGGAAGAGGAGGUUAUGGUGGUGGUGGUGGUGGCAGCAGAGGAAGUUAUGGAGGAGGUGAUGGUGGAUAUAAUGGUUUUGGAGGUGAUGGUGGCAACUAUGGUGGUGGUCCUGGUUACAGUAGCAGGGGAGGCUAUGGUGGUGGUGGACCAGGAUAUGGAAACCAAGGUGGUGGAGGAGGAGGAUAUGAUGGUUACAAUGAAGGAGGAAAUUUUGGAGGCAACUAUGGUGGUGGUGGAAAUUACAAUGAUUUUGGAAAUUAUAGUGGACAACAGCAAUCAAAUUAUGGGCCCAUGAAAGGGGGCAGUUUUGGUGGGAGAAGCUCGGGCAGUCCCUAUGGUGGUGGUUAUGGAUCUGGUGGUGGAAGUGGUGGAUAUGGUAGCAGAAGGUUCUAAAUACAGCAAAAAGGGUUGAAUGAGAACCCUACUUGCCUAAAUGAGGAAUGUCUUUCCUACCAUCUUAAAUACGAAGGUUUCUGGCUGGGUAAGGUUGGUAGCUCACAGUAAAACCUAACAACACCCAUUUAUUUCAUACAAAUUUAUGUUAGGAAUUUUAAAACUGCCCUCUGUUUAGUAGGUCCAUUGGCAAAUUUUGUUACACUAUCUUGGCACAUGUCCAGUAAAAUAUCCCUUAGACAAUUUAAAAAGUUCCCGUGCAAUAGCCAAGGAAUAACUAAAUGUGGCCCUUCAUGUAUACAAUUCAUUGUUAUAGUAUCUGUAGCAUGAAGUCCAUUUUUAGAAAAAGUAAACG